AAGAGCCUUCCACACAAUCAUACUACGAUCUUGACCCAACUUUAAUAUUACACCUUCCCUCUACUUCACUUACUUUAUCACUUACUCCUUCAUGGUAACUUCUCUACGAAUUGCCUGUGUGUCUAACUAACAUAGACCUGUGGAAAUCGUUCGGCUUAGUCGACUGCUCCCUUCAAUAUUUCCUGACUUGUUACCAACUCACCGGGAAGCACAGCCAAAAUGCCUCCUUCAGACAGCGGCAGCGACACUGACAUCACCGAAGACAACUUCGGUGUUGUCGAUAUGAUCGAGGAAUUGACCGAAGUCAUCCAUGAGCAGGUGACGGAAAGACCUACUAUCAAUGCAGACGAGGAACGUGGCAAUCACAAUGAUAAUUUCCGGGAAUUCAAUGAUGUAUCGCCUGAUAUUCCAAGACUCAUGGAUGGUAUGUUGACCCUCACCAAGUACAACGAGCAGACAGAGGGUCGUAAUUACAACAUCCUCAAAGAGAAGUAUGAGGAUCAGCUGAAAGUCAUCAAGGCUUACGGAAGGGAAAUUCAAGAGAAGGUCAAGAUGAUUAGAUCUCUGAAAUGGAACACCACUCAUGAGAGGAAGAAAGUGGAGAGAGAGUGCCAAGAAUUACGAGACCGACUUAAGGGAAUCAGUGAACCUCCUGAGCCGUGGAGCCAUAAGCUCAGGGUGUUCCUUCGCGGCGAGGGAGGGUACUACAACGCAAUCUGGCGUGACAGUUGCAAACAGGAGAAUAUGUCACAGAAGAUGAACGUCCUGCAUCCCGACUUGAUUCUUGAACGGCAAGAAGUCCCCGAGGAGACACUUCUGCUCCGCCGCCAACGAGCACAAAGCAAGUACAGUAGAGCCCCGGGAGAUUAUUUGUUCGAUCGUCGAUUCUUGACUAUCGUAAUGCCGGAUAUCUUCUUCAGUAUACAGCCCGUUUCUCGCCGUAUGCUGGAACAGCCAACUUUUCCCUUCGAGCAACUCCCCGCCGAGAUCCAGGUGAAGAUCUUUGCACGUGUGUUUGUCAAAAAUGGUCUUGUCCACUGCUUGUCGCGGCUAGACCCCUGGAACCCACCCCUCCCAGAAGACUUCCCUAUGGAAGACGUUGACGGCCAGGGCCAGUUGCCAACUGGCUUUCAUUAUGGGUCGAAACCCUGCCAGAUCGCCCUGGCAAGAAAGCCGAACGAAGUAUUAGACCCAUUACUGGUCAGUAAACGUUGGUUCUUUAUCGGGGUCCACGCGUUCUACGGAGCCAACACGUUCGCGUUUAGUUCACUUGGUGAAUGGCACCGAUUCUGCAACGGAAUCGGCAUGGAACGAGUUGAGAGACUCACGAACGUCGAAUUGAUGUGGCAUGGUUCUAAAAUGCGCCGUCAUGAAACGCGAAUCUCUCGUCGUUCGGUUGGGUUGUCUUGGUUCCUCAAGACGAAACGUCUUCGAACCCUCGUGGUCCACAUCCAGGAGUCAGCAAAUAAUAGGAUGAGGCGCAAGUACGAAGUCCGGGGGAAGGGGAAUAAUCCCGAUGAUCUAGCGCAAUUGCUUGUUCAAGAUGAUGAAGAGCAGCUAUUUGUUCGCGAUGAUGAUGAAGAGCAACUUUUCGUCAACGAUGAUGAUGAUGAUAUCGAUGACCAUGUCGAGACUUGCCGCCCUUCGGAUGUACCAUUCGACCCAAUUGCUGCGCUAAUGGAGCAAACCGAGAAGCAAGCCAACAAGCGCAAACUCCGAUCAAUGCGAACAGUCCAGGGAAUGGAUUAUAUCUAUCAGCUCCGCGGCAUGAACUGGAUUCGCUUCAAAGAGCGUGAUGGCCCUGGGCACCGACAGUCCAUUCUAGACCCGUCAUUCCUCGAAGACAUAGAAAGGGCCGUAACUCGACCGAAGCGCCGAAACGUAGCACUUAUGAGCGAACUCCAGAACCUAUCCGCGUUGACAGGUCUCCAAGAUUGGAUUCCGUCCGAAAAAGAUAUGCAGAUUAUCCAAGCCUUCUACGACGAGUCACCAGAUGUAGAUUGGGCUAAUGGUUAUGGGGACUCUGACGAUGAAGAUGAUAUUGAAGCUGAGUCCGAAAGUGAGGCGGAGGAGGCCGAGAGUGAUGACAACAAUGACGUCGAACAACCAUUAGUAGAUAACGAAGACGAAGUGGUGCCUCCUGAGCCCGCUGGUGCUCCUAUUACGCCACCUGCCACUCCCGCACAACAACUUGGAGAGAAUCUACAGGGGCGUGACGGCGAAGCUAGCAAAGACGCUAGCGAUGAUGACGAUAGAUCGAGCGGCCUAUUUGUGAGCUCGCGUUCCAACUCAACCAUCGACCCCUUUGAGAGGAUGGAAGUAGAUGAAAACGUUUCUCUGGGAGACGCAGACGUAAACAUGCGAGAGAAUGUGGAAGAAAAUCGACAACUACCAACUCCCAGUUCCAGUAGCGCGGGCCCAUCAGGCCCUACCAUCCCCGACCCUAUGGGCGAGGACGAUGGCGAGUCACUAUUCGUCCGGACCCCCUCGCCGCACGCAGCAACCAAGAUUGACUUGACUGGUGGUCAAUCCAAAGAUCAACCCAUUGACCUCACGAUGCUAGAGGAUAGCGAGAGGAACAGCGAUAGCGAUGCCUCGGAAAAUUGGGAUUACGAUUCAGACGCUGACAGAUACAUAAAGCAGGAGACGCCGCCUCCUGACAGUGAUGACGAACCUCCCGCUCAAGCUUCAAUUCCUCCCCGCCGGCCUCCGCCUAAGCGACGAAAUAAGAAGAAUACCGUCAACGACGGAUCGGCACCGAAGCGCCGAAAGCUGAACAAGCCAGCCAAGGCUAAACGUUGAUACUGCAUAACGCGUUCUGGCUGCUGAGAAGGUGUCAACCUUAAACCAGGGCGACUAUGAAGAUGCACAGAUGGCCAUCAUAUGGCCAAAGAUAAAGUAUUCAGCAUGUUCCUCAAUCUAUGCCAUUGAGCUGGAAAUUCGCAAAAGUUGAGGCAUCAUGCUCUUUCUAUCGGUCGCAUUUCAACACAUUGGCUCUCUACAAACAAGAAUAAUAUGGCAUAUCGAUUGAUCGAGAUUUUUGAGUUGCUAGGAUUUCGCUCAAACAACCGCUAGAACAUCUAG